GGAAAAGAAGCGGAAACUACUGAGGAAGGUGAACUGGUGCGUAAAAAAGCUCGUAAACUUCGACAGUUGUUCGAGAAAGUGCGGACUGAACGCUACAAUCGAUUCCAUGGAUGUUUCGAACUGGUUGCUCAAAAAAUCGAUGAUAUUUAUAAGAAAUUAAGCCGUAACGAAAGUGCACAAGCAUUUCUUGGUGAAAUAAACAUGGAAGAGCCAUAUUUGGAUGGAAUUGCGUACAAUUGUGUUGCACCUGGAAAACGCUUCCAACCUAUGGACAAUUUGAGCGGUGGUGAAAAAACAGUGGCUGCACUGGCACUACUCUUUGCACUGCAUGCACGUAGUCCAUCACCGUUCUUCAUUCUGGACGAAGUUGAUGCAGCUCUCGAUAAUACUAACAUCGGCAAAGUAAGUGCUUUUUUAUGA